AGCAACCUUAUGAAAGCGCAUUCAUACCUUCACAAAGAGUUCCUUAAUGAUUUCAAUUUACUAUUGAUCCUUCGUCGGUGUUUUUUCUUCUCCAUUCAUCAUGAAGAUCAUAUGUGAUUUGUGUAUAAACAAUCUAGAUUAUGCAGGCCUGAUGGUAGUCAGGAAUCGUGCCAGAAGAUGCCAAAUCAGUGUCAUCAAUGGUGAUGUUUCACAACGUCUCUUCUUGAUUGUACAAAGCGCUGACAACAAAACUGGGACGCGUUAUGAUCUUACAGGAAACAUCGACCGAAUGUUUGAAAGGUUUGUGUCAGAAGGGAAGUGCACCAUUCGACUGAAGAGCCCGCACGUCGACCUGAUUUUCAGCAAUUGCGAUGCUUUGCGGCUGGGGCUCUUUUUAAAGACUGUCAAAACGGGAGUGGUAGUUUCAAAUAAUACGACUGCUGGAAAUGAAAGUCUAAGCUGUGGGAAGUCGACAAAGAGACCGUGUGCCGACUUGCCUGCAACGCAAAAAAAGUUCAAAGUCCCGAAAGUCCCAAACCUCUAUGACAAAUCUCGCACGAGCCUGAUCAUUCAUUCAAGACGGGAAUUGGUCACUUCUACUUUUUCACAAACACUUGUUGAGUUGAAGCUGGCAGGGUUAGCUUUAGGCGACUUUCCACCUUCUGUGAGCAAGCUUGCAAGGCUCAAGAUUUUGGACCUGUCAAAUAAUGAGAUUCGCAGACUGCCAAACACCUUUGUUGCCAAGCUGGUUGAACUGAAUUUAAGUGGCAAUGCACUUGCUAGUCCAUAUUACAAGAACUGGCGCCUACUCGCACUGCCCAAUGUCAAGAGCUCUUUGCAGGUUCUCGACCUGUCUGACAACAACCUCGCCAUCCUGCCACUGGACAUCGUGAAACUAGAGAUGUUGACUUCAUUGAACCUCUCAAACAAUCACAUCACUAGAAUCCCAACUGCCUUUGGAUUACUGAAAAGACUGAGAAAUUUGGACAUUUCAAGAAACAUGAUUGUAGCGAUUGAUGUCAGUUUCAAGAUGCUCAAACUAAACACCUGCGAUAUCUCGGAUGCACUUACCCCUCCCCCUCUCAAUACCAUGGACAAUUUUCCUUCCAUCAUUCCAUCUUCUGUUCCUAGUUUGAGGAGCAUUGCAUCUGCUUAUGUGAUCGAACGAGGACUGAACUACGAAGUGCUGCCCAUGACUGUCCAAGAUGACAUGUUGCUGAUGCGCCGAUGUCUUUGCCUCAAGGUAGUUGCACACUCUGCAGAGGAAUUUUCCCGAAUCGAUGUCAGACACAUUGCGCAAACUUGCAUUUUUUCCAAUGGCGACUCUGUGGCUAGAAUGAACUACAGCAUUUGCAAUAAUUGCCGCAAGCGUAAAUUUGUCCACAUAAUGCCGUUGUUUUCCGGAAACUGACUUGCCAGUGGUUAAAACCGGUUUUAACCGGACGAUUGCGGACUCCUAAAAAUUGUUAACAUUUGUCUCACAACAAUGUAUUUAGCACACCGUUGUCGUCACAUAAAGUGCCGUCAAUGCCGUGAACGGUGACAACAUGUUUGUUUUGCAGGAAUAGUAAGAAAUUUAAAAUAUUGUAUAAUAAACGUGACUUAUCCUUGGUGUAUAAUAUUAAUUAUUAAUUUAAUAUCUUAAUAACUUAACAAUUAAUACAACUACUGUUGUAAUGAACAAUGAAUCAAAAUCAGGUAUUUUUUUUAAAUUAGAAAAAACCGGAAAGUGCCGGCUAAAACGUUCUGGCAAAAACCGGUUUUAGCCAUGCCGGUUAUAACCGGCUGGCUGAAACUUUGAAAAUCGCAUUUUCAGGCCAGCGGGCAUUCGUCCAGGGAUGGGUGCAUUUUGACUUGGUAGCCCAUCCUACAACAAAAAGAUGUGAGAACAAUCUAGUUCGAUUUGCCGAUUGCUCUUGAUAAUAAAAUGUAAAAUUUCAGACUACAAUGAAGGAAAAUGUAAUAAAA